GGGAAUCCGUUUCCGGCGCGAAACCCGUGUGUCUGUGUCAUGUUUAUGAAAGAUUAAACCGAGGUUGCAGUGAAAAGCCUCCUGUAGGUCAGUAUUUUACUACUACUAAUAAGCGUUUUUCAACCUCAAAAUGCAAAGUAAGGGCAAAUUAAAGUGUACGAGUAUUUAUUUAUUAUCAAACUAAUGCGGAAAGACUAACAGGGUCCAAAAUAUCACGAAGCAGGUAGCUAAUGUCAACCAAAACAACCUCAACACAUCAGUGAUUUUACUCAUUAAAACAUGUUUUUGAUUUUCUUUUACUACACUAAACUUUUCACUUCGAAAGAUAACUUGUCUGUUUAGUUCAGGAAUGCACAAGUAUUUGUUAAGUAGUAGUAGGUGUAAUUAUUAACAGUCUUUAACGGAUCCUACUACUUUUUGUUGCAUUUGGAAGUGGAUAAUCAUAAUUCAGAAGACAUGCAUCCUGAAAUGUGGUUUUAUUUGACUGGGACCAUGUAGACAUUAAAAUACUAAGACUAUACCCUCAGUUUAGACUUUGUGAUUCAACAUCUCUCUAAAACAAAUUGUUUGUUGCACAGGUAUCAUAAAUGACCAUGAAGCAGCUGUCUUCAGAUACCGUGAGGCUGCUGUCCAGCUCUCAGGUCAUCACGUCUGUGCUGAAUGUGGUGAAAGAACUGAUGGAAAACUCUCUGGAUGCUGGAGCCUCAAGCAUUGACAUUAAACUGGUACUUUUGUCCUCAAAGUCUAGAGCUAGAAAUCACAACAAGUAAGAAGUGACAACUGAGAUUGGCUGUAGGAGCAAUACCCACAUUAUACAUGCUUCUUUGCAUCUUUGGACUGUCUAAAACUGUAAAUAAGUCAUGUAUUUUACUUGGGAAUAUCCCUUUAACAUUGCAGGAGAACUAUGGUUUGGACCGGAUAGAAGUGCGCGAUAAUGGACAUGGAAUCAAAGCUGCUGAUACUCCUGUGAUGGCUGUGAGACAUUUCACGUCAAAGAUCUGCAGUCAUGAGGACCUGGAGCGACUGGAGACGUACGGCUUCAGGGGAGAGGCGCUGGGCUCCAUCUGCGCCGUGGCUGAGGUGAGAAGUGUUAAAUCACUGGAGUUAUUUACAAAAGAUUCCAUCUUUGGAGCAAUUUUUACAGACUCAUGCAAUGAAAACAAUACUUGAAGCCCUGAAGAAAAUGUGUUUUGUAGCCCAGCUCAUUAUUGUCUUUUUGUGUUGUUCCCUUUAGGUGUCUGUCAUCACAAAGACAGAGGAGGACGACAUCAGUACACAGUACAUGCUGAACCAUACAGGAGAGAUUGUCUCUAAAAAGCCCUCUCACUUGGGUCAAGGUAAAGCAUAAGCAAUUUAAUCAGCCCUGUUACUGGCACCAAAAAGGAGUGCAUAUAUUAAAGAGCUGAAGGUGAAACUUCAAAGUUGUCAGAGAUUUUUCAGUCAAGGAAAAUUUGUUUUUAUUUAUAUGAUCAUUUUGUUACUGUGAUUAACACUUGUCUCAGGUAGUUUUGUAGCUUGUUGUAAAAUAUUCUGCACCAAGAAGAUUUUGUGCAGAAGUUUUGGACCCAGGUGACUAAGAGUAAAGGUGACCUGAGCUGUAAAGCCUCAUUGCAGGAAAAUGAAAACAUCAAAAGCUGUUGCACACUUUUAAUUUUUGUGUUUUCCAGGUACUACAGUGAGCGUACUGAAGCUUUUCAAGAAUCUCCCAGUGAGGCGUCAGUACUAUUCCUCAACCAAGAAGUGCAAGGAGGAACUGAAGAAAGUGCAGGACCUGCUGAUGGCCUACGCCAUCAUAAAACCUGAUUUGAGGCUAACACUUGUUCACAAUAAGGUCAGCAACUUCUCAUCUGUUUUCAAAGUUUAAAAACUUUCCUGAAAAAAAUUACAGGUAUCUGUUACAACAUUUCAUCUUUAAAAGUUUAGGCAACUUUAUCUCCUUUGUCCACUGUCCUCUGCUAUCAAUAGAGGCAGCCAAGAAAACAAACACAUCAAGAAAAGUUAAAUCAAUAAAGGUUGUCGUGGCACCAGCUAUUUAAAAGAUCUAAAAUGAGUUAAAACAUGAGGAUAACCACUGGCACUGACUUUGGGAUCAUCACUCAGAAAGCCUUUUCAAGGAGGAGUUUUAGAGUCUGUUUCCCGGUAUAAACUGCUGCACUAUGUAAAAUGAAAUCUAUUGAUUUGAUGAAGUAGUCCUGCAGCUGCAGUCUUUGGCAUUAAGUCUGACUCGACUAUCUACUGAGUCUUUGACUGCCUGGAAAAUGCUGAGGCUACAAACAGGAUCAGCUUAGAGAGGAGAGAACCACCAGGUGGCCUCAUUAGUCUUCAAAUGACGGCCCCAACAUCUUUGGCUUGAACAUCACUGUUGGUUUAUGAUAACGGGUCAUCUGUUUUCAUAUUAUUUUUUAUAUUGCAGCCUUAAAAAAAUAACACUGAUGCAUGUGAGAACAUCUUAAAGUCUGUCUGUUUAAGAUGUGGGAUCUCAUCAAGGUGCUUUUCAUACUUGACAAGUUACUUUACCAACAACGGCAUCUAAAACUGCUGCUACAUGUACAUAAACCUGAGUUAGUAACAAAUCCCAACACAGUGUGGUGCACUCUAUUAACAAAAGAAAAACAGCUUUUAUUUCUAUAGAUGAGACCCAAAUUCACCUUCAGCAUUGCUUACUAAUUUCCACAGGUGAAGAACAUCAUUUUAGUCUUUUUGGCAUUUAGAGCCAACCUGAAUAGGUAAACACAAUUAUAUGAAAUAUAGUGAACUGUUUUUGCUUUAUAUAUUUUAUUAUGAGCUUCUUGCAAUAAAAGCCAGUCAUCAAAUAAGAGAGCAUAAAAACAAUAAGCAAAACAAAAACUAAGUACAGGUGAGGAAAAAUAAAAAUUGUUUCCUGUCAUUUGUCUCCUCAGCUGAGAGCUCUGUGAAACGUGACAGCAGAUUUUGGAAAUCGAACCUUUUAAAGAUUUAACCUAUACCAGGGGUAUACAUCUACACACCAUCACAGGGGUCCUUUUCCUCUUCUCCUCACAGCAUCCUUGAUUUCCAAAAAGACUGUCAAAUUUUGAUUUAUCAGACCACAACAAACUCUUCCACUUUGCUUUAGUCUGUCUGAAGUGGGCUCACUUAGCCCAUGCAGUAAUUUCCACUACAGAGUCAUGUCUGGUUUUAAUGUAGGCCGAAGAUAACAUCUAUCUAGUGUUUGUUUUUUCGGCCUUGACUGUUUUAUAGAGAGAUUUUUUCGAUUUAAACAGAAGGAAAAUUAUUCUGUAAUUGUUGAACUGUUUGCAGAUUGGUGAACCUCUUCUCAUCUUAACUUCUGAGGGAUUCGGCCUCUCUGGAGUCCCUUUUUAGUGUUUUGUUGUCCCUUUCCGAAUCUUUUUGCGACAUAUUAAUGGCAUCAUAAUUGAAAUAAGAAGAUAUUUUUCAUAUGAUAAUCAAGUCUUUCCAGUUUCAGCAUUUGAUAAGUUGUCUUUGCUCCAUUUUCAGCCAAAUACAGGGUUUCAAUGAUUUUUAAACCACGAAAGAAAAUCUUUUUAAUCAACAUCGAAACAGCAUUUCAACAUUUUUCAGUAAUUUAAGUUGAAGAUACCUGAGGAAAGCUGCGAGGCCUCAUAGAGGAGAACCUGAAACCAGGGAAUAUUUGGCAUUCGGGGUUUGUAUGGUCAUGAAAAUCCUGUAAAACUAAAUCAAAGCAGUGACAGUAAAUAAAAGCAGACACCAGUAUUAAGGCUAAUCUGUGUUUUUGACAGUCUACAGAUCAGUGUCGGGUUACUUUCACUCUCUUAUCCCCAGGAUGUGACGGGACUGCAGAUUUUUUUCUUUUCCAUCUAAUGACGUUAGUUUAAUCAGCAGGGGAAAUUAUUUAGCAAUUAGUCAUUUUCAUCCUUACCCCCUUUCCCACUGCAGCUCAGCGUAACAGUCAGGUGCUCCAAACAUAAAUAUGUCUGACUGUGAACUCUGAUUUGGAUGAUUAUGACGCCUGAGUAAGCUGCUGAACACAGCUGCAGACUUAACCCCAGAUUGUGUUUCAGGCUGCAGCCAGUUUGUACACAGGAGGAGUGUAUAGGUGCUGAGGGUCAUAGAGGGGCCAAAAACCCACUAUAUAUUUUUCAUAGAAAUCAGUUACGUGGUCUUAAGGGGAAGGGUAAUGAACCCAUUUCGUACAAUCAGCACUCAGUUGCCCCCUAUCCUUUACCUCCAGCUCUGCUAUUCAGCCUGUGUCGUGUUUCACAGCUUCUUCAGGAACUGUUUACAGGAGUGAUCCGUUUACAUCUGCCAAACUGCGUAUUUCAUAGCUGAGACAUGCCCCGAACAGAGCGCGUGUUUCAAGAAAUCAACACCCAGGAGAUGUAUGCACUGAUGGACAGGAACGCCAAAAAUCCCGCCCCGGUGUGCCAGAAUAAUUUGCAUCUGAGAUAUUUGAUGUUCUGAUGAAACCUUUGAUUUAUUUAUCAAAUACGAGGAGGAAAAAAUUCAGCUUAUUGUUGGUAAGAUAUUGUAAUUGUGUAAACUUGAUAUGUUGAAAUUACAUGGAGCUGUUUGAGGUUGCAAAAGUGUGUUUCUUGCUCUUUUUCUGUUAUUGUAUACUUUUACAACAUGUUUUUUUUUUAUUUAUGUUAGUUUUUUAUCUGUAAAAUUCUCAAUCAGAGCAACAAAGCCAUGUGUUGAUUCUUUUUUCCAUCUUUUCCUGAAUCCUUUACAGAAACAUAACCGUGAACUUGGCAGCUCGGUGGCCCAGUUACUAUCUUGACAGGUGUUUAUGCAGCGUUCUUUGCCUGAUGUGGAGUCAUGGAGGUUGACUGGUGUCAUAUUGUUGCAGGUGGUGGUUUGGCAGAAGGCCAAGGUGGCUGAUCACAGAAGUGCCCUCAUUGCUACGCUGGGGUCCGGCACCAUUGCCAACUUGCUUCCUUGCUACCAUCACCAAGAGCAACCGGAGGUUAGUUGAGGAAAAAAUGCAGGAAUAACCCGUAAAACAUGCUCUUAAUUAUGUACAAAUAAAAAAUAAUGUACAUUUCAUUUAAGACAGAUUAAAAUAACAACCCAGUCUGACUGUAGAGGAUGUGAGGCGAUGAUUCAAGCUAAGCCGUGACAAACAUAAGGAUGAAGAGCUCAUGUUAACAUGUUUGUGGUUUCAUGGUCGAUGUUUUGUUUAUUGUGCAGCACAUCCGAGCAUCGUAACAAAUGAAUGUGAAGCGACCACAUGGAGUGAACGCUCUCUGACGGGCGAGCGCUGCGGGCACAUAGCUGGGCUGAGCUGGCACAGAGCUGCAUGCCACCCUUCACACCUCAGGCACACACCUUAGGCCCUUUACGAUGGCUCCCAGUCUUCUUUGGCCUUUAAUGUGGAGUCACUUUGACAGUGAACUUUAUAAAAAAGACAUUUGUCCUCCUGUUGCGGCUUAUUCCACAUGAAUUUAGAUGUACCACGACUGCAUAUUUGGCCUCUUUUUGUUCAAAAAUCCAGAAGAACGACUUGCACUGACAAUAAAUCUUCAUUACUUAACUGUAUUUCUUUAUCCUGAUGUGAAAAGGUGUAAUUUCAUCUUCAGCUCACGAGUCACAUGCAAUCCCUGAUAAAGAUGGAUCCUUUCUGCAGAGCAAACAAGAGCCUGCACGUUAUACUUGACCGUGAGCUAAUCACCUCAUCACGAACGCCUGGUCUGAAGCCAGCAAAUGUGGUCAGUUGGUGGGUUGCCAACUAUUCACUUGCCCUUUUCUCUUGAGUUCUUUCUUGACGAACAGCGAGUGAUUUUUGUUAGCUAAGCUUUGUUGUGCUGAUCGUAAUUGAAUUACUGUCAACCGGUAACUUUCUGCUUGGUCACGGUAGGUGUCAUGUGGCUCGUACCCGCUGCACGGCUCCAAACUAAUCUUGUCUGACAGAUAUGGAGCAGCCCUUUUCACCCCGUUUCUCUCUCCUUUCCCUCUUUGUUGUUGUUGUUUUGCUGCUGCGGUUUGGUGCCCGGUUAUGAGAACGGCCUUUCACCUUCUCCUUUGACUCCUUGUUGUAAUGAAAAAGAACUUUUCUCCUCUUUUGUCCUCUGAGACCAAAGCUCAGUGAUCAAGGGAACCAGGUUGACAAUUUCACCGGGGCCUCGUUCAAGGAGACUUGUUGCUCUGCAGAACAAAAUGUGACACUGGUUGUUGGCAGCAUGACUACACAUACCCGCAGCCCUCUGGGGCCAGAGGUGCCAUUCGUGCUCUCAUAAAGUGACCCUAAUGAGGAGAAAUAGAGAGAAGCAUAUGUGCCCCGACCUGAAACCGCAGUUCAUUUAUUAAGUUCAUUGGCGUGCGUUGCUGCUAAUAAUGAGCCUGAGGCCAUGUGGAAAAAAAGAGUAGUUACUCCUCCUGCAGAACAUUAUUAGCUUUCUAUAACGUCUUAAAAGCGUGCAUUCAUAAUGGACGUAUAAGUGCAGUUCGCUCAUGAUGUUGAGUCAUCAUCUUUAGCUCAUGAGAACUGCCUCUGGCUGGAUUCUGGGUGAAAGGUUGUGAUGUGUGAUGCAUAUAUUAAAGGAGGAAUGUCGAGCACCAGCUGGUUGAAAUGUGGUGACGCCGUGUAAAAUGUGAAGAAAAACAGAGUUUGUUGAUUUGCACAUCAUUCAAACUUUAUACUCAGUUACCGACAGUGCAGAGACAAUAAAUCAAAACUGAAAUAUUUCAUUUUUUAUCAAGAGUUUGUGCAUAUUUUAGAUUUGAUAUGCCAGCAGUGAAUUUUUGAGAAAGCUGGGACAGAGACAUUAAAACAUAAAAGUUGUGUAAUGGUUAAAAAACACCUGAGGGAACAUCUCCAGAUGAAUUAGAUUAAUUUUCAGAAGGUUUUGAAACAUGAUUAGGCAGAAAAAAGGUUAUUUAAGAGAGGCGGGGUCUCAGAUGUAAAGCUAAGAUAGGUUCUCCGCUCUGUCAGAGACUUCGUGAGCAGAUAAAUCACUAAUUUCAGAAAAAUGUAGAAGGAUUUGGGGAUGUCAUCGACUACGCUCAAUGAUAUCAUUUAAUAAUUCAGAGAAAUUGAAACAACAAAUUUAGUGUUCAACUAUUUCACUUGGUGUCACAACUUAAAUAGAACUGGAUCUGUCUAUUUCAAGGUGAAUAAUAUGAAACCAUGAGAUGUAUAGAGGGGUUAAUCAAAUAGGGGAUCAAACGAGCGGAGUCUCUUGUUGGAUUGAAGCUCGACUCCUCCAUCAUUGCAUGACCGGGGCUGAGUGCAAGUAUGUUCAUGCACAAUCAGGAUUAAUGGCUUUGUUUUCAGCUGUGCAGCUGUGCCGUCAGAGGAAUGCAUCAGCGGUGCCAUCAUAAAUAAUAAAUGUAAUGAUGGUAAAUUUUAUGUUAUGUCCAGAUUUCCAAACACACAUAUAAUAGUUACACUGAUCAAUGCCAGCUGCUGGACAGGACAAUCUGAAAUCAAUCAACUUUUAAGAUUGGUCUGAUAUUUAUAUUUCUCUGUUUCUGCUCAGUUCAUGUAUAGGAACUUUGUCCUAAUAAAACUUAUAUUAACAUCAUUUUUCAUUUGGUUUAGAUCAUUUUUGAGGGAUUUUUCCCAAAAGCUGGAGCAGAGCCCUCCUCGACAAGCUCAUCUAAUCCUGACAAAACAUUUAUAUACGUCAACAACCGGCCUGUCCACCACAAAGAUCUCUUAAAGGUAAAUUCAUGUCAUGGUUUAUCAUCACAGAUGUUACACAGUUAUUGCUUUUGGUGCCUAACAUGAUCUGUUAUUGAUUUUUUACCUGUUUGGAUCAUUGGAUUGAUUAUCAGUUGUUGCGUCAACACUACACGGCUCAGUAUCCUGAUGACUCGGCGAGAAACCGCUAUCCCACCCUGAUGCUCAAAAUCACAGUCCCACCCUCUUCAGUGGACGUGAAUCUGACCCCAGACAAGACCCAGGUCCUUCUUCACGAGAAGGUGACUAUGAUGUUCUGUUUCAGUGAAAUCAGUCUGUAACGUACGUUUAUUUUUAUUUGCUUUAUCUGCACCACACAUCUGUUGAACUUAAACUCAUUAUCUGUGAUCUGUGAUCUAUUUAGGAUGCCGUGCUGACUGCUGUGGAGUCAUUCCUGGUUUCUCUCUAUGCUCCUCAACAAAACAGUGAACCCCCAGCUGAGAAGCAGAGUCACCAGGAGAAACCCGCUUCACCGUCCCGUCCGCUCCAGACUGAUUCUUCACAGCUGGACAAUAAACAAAGUGUAACCAACCACAAUGGUAACUUCCUCAAAGAUGCACCUAAACUCAGCGACACAACAGUAAGAGGUGAUGCUGCGCUGCACUGCCAGGCCUCGAACAGCAGCUCCUCAUCUUCUAUAGCUGAGGACUGGAUAGUAAACCAGAUCCCCGCUGAGCUCGAGGCGAACUUUACUCUGUUUGAUGAUCAGAGUAGCACUCAGACAAGUUCAACAAGUAAAACCCCUGAGAAACUUGAGGACAAUGAAGUGUCAGAUUCAGGUACGAACAGUGACCAGAUAUCAGCUGAGGACUGGAGCAGAGGUACGGCUUUUACAGCCUCCACAUCAGGAGGACCUCUGCAGCCGGUUCAAGUCCAUCAACCGUCAAAGAGUAAUCCCUCUGAGCCGAGUGAAACCAGGAGCGAGGGCAGCUCGAACAAAAAGAUGUUCAAUGCCAUCACAGAAAAAGGCGCCACUCUGACGGCUUACGAUCUCAUCAGUAACCGCGCCAUGAGGGCACCGCUGUCUCCCGCCGCGCUCUUCGAGAAGGAGGUCAGAGCAGAGGUCCUGAGGGAGAAACCCACAGCUGGCCUGCAGGACAUCAGCGUCACCGUGCAGGAGAGGUGGAAAAAUCUGAGGGAGGAAGAACGUAAGAAGUGAGUUUCCAGACCUUCACCUUUCCAAGCAGUCGUUUCCAUUUCUUGUUUUUUGCAGCGCAGAGAGAGGGGGGAAUGUCUGACCUGUCAUUUGCAUGUUAAAAGCCUUGUCUGGAAAAUUUGUUGAUACGAGCUGUGUUUCUAAUUUCCAGACGACUGUGUCCUAAUGCAGGCUCUGGCUCAUAACAGGUAUCAGUGAUGCUGAAAUCAGGUUUUCUGUCAGUGGGUGUCGUCUGCCUCCAGAGCUCACAGGUCUAUUAUAUUUCAGAUCAUGUUCAACUUUAUAUUUAACAUUAUGUCCAUUGUUUCCAGUACCUACAAGAGUUUAUAGAUACAAAAAGGAAGUAAAAAUAAGAAGUAUUUUUAUCUGAAAAUGAUAAAGUCUGUAGAUGUCAGAAAAUAGUCACUCGACUUAAAACCUUUAACCCAAAGACUCUUCAUUUACCAUCUUGACUCUACAUUUCAGAGGCUAAAACCAACUAAUGGUUUUCAUUUAUGGCUUAAACAUGUAAAAUAGUUUACAUUGCAUCCCAUUCUUUUUGGCUAAUUAACCGAUUAUUUGAUAAUUCAUCGCCAGCCUUCAACAGGUGGCAGAGUAACAUUACAACAAGAUUUAAAGGGAUAUUUCAAGGUUUUUUAGAGUAAGGUUUUAUUAGGUACUUGUAAGUAGCAAGUGUAAUACCCUUAGGGGAUGAUGGUCUUCUCAACUGUAGCUAUGAACUGCUGCUACUUUAACGUGAUUCAUCAAGUUUUAAGAAAGAUUUAAAUUUGCAGUCAGAAAGUCUAUUUGUUUUGGUGUUAUUCAUGGACAGAAAACAUACCUGUUCUUCUGCCCGCAGCCACUUUUUCCCAGGACACUAUAAUAUUGAGAGCCGAACACUUCCUCUGAAGGUGCAUUUCUAUCAGCUUUUAUGUUUCUCUGAUUUAAUUUCUGAAAGUGGGAGAAACAGCGACGCUUACUGAGACUGGGAACUCUGGAUACUGAGUAAUACCGGUAUCUGAAUCAGAAAGGUCCUGAAGUACUUUAGUUACCUUCAGCUCACUAGGCUUUGGCAAACUCUGGUUCAUGAUGGUCUACAAUAAAUGGCAUGCCACUGUUGCCAUCAGAACCACUCAAUAUUUUGAUCUCUUUCAGAGCCAGUAGACCUGAAUUAUUAAUUUACGCACUGCAGAUGGACGAUACAUGAUUCGCAUUGCAUCUUUGAUAGUAUAAAAUUGAACUGGCUUUAUAAAAUCAAAGUACAGGGUCAAAAUUUCAAAAUAAAACACGCACUUACACCAAAGUUAAGGUUGAGUCAGGUUUUCUUAUAAUAAGCGUAAUUAUGUAACUUAUGUAACUAAUUAUGCAGCCCAACAUCUGUGCUUGGACUCUGCAGUUAAUACACUUAACACCUCAAAUAACCCUCCUUCAAAAUAACUCGACAACUGUAAUUAAUUCCUUAAUUCUAAUCAGAAACCUUCAUGUAAUUAUAAUUUACAUACGCCUCGAAAUCCCUUUAUUUUAUACUAUCCUGUGGAGCAGAUGGAGGUAACACGUGUUCAUGUUUGACCCUUGUUUGGUCCCUAAGACACAAAAGAUAAAUGAUUUACAUUAGUGAAGGCUGGACUCUGACCAAUUAAAAAAACAUGCUGAUCAUUUUUGCAUUAUUUUAUCACGCCUCAUUUGUGCGUCAUUCCCCAGAUUUUAGUUUCAAGCACACAAAUCAUCUCUAAAACUGCUCUAUUAGCAGGUCAAAGAUCGCUACACGGUACACAGGCCAAGAGCAACUCUUUACUUUUCAACUGAUUGAUUGUAUCCGCCUUAAUUACAGAAUAUUAUAAUCAGGUUUGAUUUUUCAGAUGCACAGAGAUGUUUCAGUAAAAUAAGGUACAAACUGUGCUUCCUAAUUGCUGGUAGCAUCAUGGAAUAACCUCAUUUUACUGAGCUGAAGGCACAUAAGGAGAUUGCUGCGUGCAUGCCAAUUUAAAGUAAUUGCAAAGUUGGAAAAUGUGAAUCAGCAGUGCUCAGGGCCUUAUAUAAGGUAUGGAAAAAGACAUCUGUUUAGGAUCCUGCCUUCCGUACGGCUGUCUCGAACACGAUGAAAAAAGAUGUGGCGAGGAUUCGGCUCCUCUCGCCGCCACUGUUAAGUGGUACAGCACUUCUAGGAAUUGCACGUACACAAGUUCAUGAAACAGGUAGUUUGAAUUAUGGGGUGCUGAAGUGUAAGCCCUAAUGCUUAACAUAUGAAGAUCUGUGGAAACAUGACUUGGCAAAUACCUGUUGUGCUGAGAAAAGCACCAUAUAUAAUAAAUAUAUUUAUGUUCUCAGCAUGUUCUCUUCAAGUACACAGAGAACUACGACACGCAGCCUCCAAUAUAAACCCUCCUUUAAGAACAUGCUGUAUCAUAUAUGAAGGAGAGACAACAACAGAGGUUAGCUGAGACGCUUUCUUCACAUGAUUUCUUUAGCAAAGAGACUAAACACAACUCACCUCCUCUCUUCCAGCAGCCGCUUGUUUGUAGCGAGACCUUAGGCCAGUCCAUUACGGACUACAGCGGGGUUUCACAGCUCAAGGAAGAACAUUUAUGAUAGUUUCUUUAUCAUUUCCUUUAAGUAAUAAUUAGUGUCCCGGUCUGAUUGUAUUUCCAUGAAUAAAUGAUCAUAAAUGUUCUUCCUUGAGCUGCGUCACCCCAAUAUAGUCCGUAAUAGGCUGGCCUGAGGUCUCGCUACAAACAAGCGGCUGCUGGAAGACAGUAGGUGAGUUGUGUUUAGUCUCUUUGCUAAAGAAAUGAGUCAAAGUUAAAAAGAUGUUUGGUGUCUAGUACUAUGUCUGUGACCCUAUAUGUCCUGUUGAUGAAGUUAGGUGCCGUUCUGAGCAUUAUUUGUGGCUAUAGAGUGGUGUUUUGGUUGAGGUUUGUUUGUGGCUCCUUGGUUUUACACAUCAGCAAACCAGUGCAUGCUGGGAAGGCAAAUGAGCAAGGUUUUAUAACAGUGAUGGUUGUAACUCAAAAAGACUUUAUCUUCAAUCUUUCAGGUAUGAAGACAAGGCGAAAAAACACCUGGAACAUCACGACCAGAGGACCAAGUUAGCCUUUUCUGAAGGUCCCAGAGAGACCAGCAAGAUCAUCCCAAAGAGCCACGCUCAGGGCCUGAAACGCAAAGCCCCUCUGUCGCACCAGCAGCUGCUGGACGAGCUCUUUUCCUCUCAGCCCCAGAAGAAGACGAAGAGUCCCGCGCCGAAGCCCUCGCAGCCCCUCCCCUGUAAUGUGGCUGCCCUUCGGCUGCAGCUUCAGCGCCUUUCAUCCCAGAGCGGCGCAGUGCCACGGGGCCUCCGUCUUGUAAACCGACUGGCCUCUCAGAGCGCCUGGGUCAUUUUAUGUGGUCAGAGGCUCAUGUUGUUAAACCCAUUUCGAGUGGAGGAAGCCUUGCUGUUUAAGAGACUUCUAGAGAAUAAUAUACUUCCAGCAGUGAGUCUGCAGAGCCCUAUUCAGUUAACAGAUGGGUAAUGUAUCACUCAGCUUUCACCAGCUCCCUGACAGUUGUUAUGAUUGUGCAAACACUCACAAAUACAUACCAGACUUGUUUUGUUCUUUGAAUAAACCACAUCCUCACCUCUGAAAAUAAAAAAAUACACUGCUGCUAACCCUCUAACAUCUCCUUAUUGUCUGCUUUACAGAAAUCUUGGGGGAUCUGAAUACACUGAAGCUUUGUGCAGUAUGGAGAAACAGAGCGCGGAUCUGAACGGAGGCGCCCUCUUUUCUGAUCUGAGGCUCGUGGCGAACGGGUUUAAAAUCAAACUCACUGCAGGUACGUUUAACAGCAGCUGUGAGGGACUUUUGUCGACCUCUGUGGACUAAAAGGAGUAAACCUUGGUCUUGUCUGCAUUUUAUUUAAAGCUAUGACUGAUGCUUUAAACUCUUAAUUUAGUUUCUCUUUUUUAUUUUGUAAAAUUUUUCAGAUUUUAAAUUUUCUUAACCAUCAAAAGGUAUGAAAGCUGUGAAAUAGACCGAAUUUAAAGGUACAGUGUGUCAAAAUAUUUAUCAGGCUAUAGAGUGAAACCCUCCCCUGCUCACCCCUCACAUAAGUAAAGUGAUGGAAAGACAUUGCUAUGAUGUAUGAUCCUUCUCUGAUCUCCGCCCGGUGCUCUUCACACGGUCAGUCCCUGAAUACAAAUUUACUGAUGUUACCAGGAUGCUCGGUGGCCUCUCUGGACAGGAAUCUGCACCUAAAGGCUCAAAAAUAAAACUUUUUUAAUAGACAGAUUUAAAGAUUUUUGUUAAUUUUGGCACCUCCUGUGGACAAAGUGAUCUCUGCCGCUCAUCCCCUCUGCAGAAACAUCCUUAUCCUGCUUUCUUUUGCUGCACAUCUGCUGUGGAGAAACACCAUCCUUUUUAUCGUCUCGUCUAUCCCGUCCCCUUAUAGCCCUGUAAAGAAAUUUCUGAUCAUCUUGUUCGCUUUUACAGGCCAUAAAGAGGCAUCACCAGCCUAGAUUCAGUCUGUUUUCUAACCAUUACAAACUCCUCACAGGCAGGAGCUUUAAAAUGAAUGCAAAUUGAAAGUUGAUGAUUGUGAUGAUCUCGUAUUAAGAAAGAAGAAAGCACUUCUGUUUAUGAUCUCAACUCCUAGUAAAGCUUUUUUUAUUCUUUGUUCCUCCUGCUUCUUAUUUCUUAAAAACUCUAAUAAUUAGAUUUCUUUGGAGGCAUAUAGAGCUGCUCAGAUUUAAGCAGCCUCUUGUAACUGACAUUAAUGUGGGACAUUAAAGUCGACACUCUCCAGCCCGCCUGAUCAAUCAGAUACCAGCUCGUCUUAAUGUUUUAAAUCACGCUGUUUAAAGGUCUCAUGAUUUGCCAAUGCAGCAGUUUUCCUUCAUGAAUGUCAAAGUUUACGAAUCAUUUAGAAAUGUCAAACACAGAGCCCCGAAAAACUGGAUUACAGGCAGUUAAUCCUGACCAAGCUUCUGUUUAGUAGAAAAGUUAUGGAUAAAACUCAGUAUUCCUAUUUUUGUGACAACGUCAUCAUACUGAAUAUUUGUGUUCAACAAUUCCACUUUAUUACUGAUCAUUUCAUCCAUGAGAGAGAGCUCUUGUUUAUGUGUGGAGGGAUAUUGUGAUAGUAAACAGUUAGUUUUAUUCUUGCAUACACUCUAAUAAACAGUAAAGUAAUGCAGAUUAUUAACAUCUAGAUAUAAGCCAGAUGAGACAUGUUUUAGCCAUCGUAUCGACAUUAUUUCUCAGCGAGCUCGCAGAGGGUAAACAGUGCCCUGUGAGUGUUGGUCGUGUUUGUUGCUGGAGUUGUUCACCUCAGUUGACAUUGGCUCUCUGCCCGCCAAACUGGUCUCACAGUGGGUUUGGACCCCGGUGUGCAGGUGAUGAGAAUGGCUGCCCUUUAAGAAAUUCAAGGAAUUUUUCAUUUGGCACUGCCAGCCUCGGUGGGUGUGCAUGGGACCAAGGGUAACGGCGUGUGUGAGGCGGUGUCGUUACACAACCUCAGCGAAAAAUCGUCUGUUUUUGUUGGAGCUGCUUUAAGUGUUCAAUGCUCAUAUUGUAACUCAAAUGAAUAUCCUGUCAUUGCCACUGUAUGUUUGGAGAUAAAGAUGCUUUAAUUACAACAAGAUAAUUUCUCACUCCUGCUCGUUACUCCCUUCAUAUUUAUUUCAAAACAAACAUGGUGGACGGUUCAUUUUUACACAAAUAUGUAAGAAAUUUAUAACCGUCUCAACUUCUGCAGCUUUUUUCAUACCUUUCUGUUUUCAUUGUGCAUCCAAAGCCAUGAAUCAGAAAUAUAAAUUGUGCAUGAUUUGCAGUAUUUCCUCAUGAAAUGAGAAGCAAUCAUUCUUCCACCCUACAAGACAACUUCCUUCCAGUCUGCUGGGGCUUCUAUUAGUCAUUUAACACUCCAUUUGGCUCCUGGCUUGUUUGACUUGGUCAUCAGUCCAGCCGUAAACCACAAUAUUUAUUUAUUAUUCUUUCCUGGAGAUAGUAGUAGCGUCUGGAGUAUAUUAAUCCUUGUUUUCUGCUUGUUUUGGCCAGGCCACACGUCAGCCGAGAGACAUCUGGAAGUGACAGCGAUGGCAGACUGCGUGCCUUUCCUCGGCCUGGAGGACCUCAGGGAGAUCCUGACUGCAGUUCUUCACAGGAAGGCCCAGACUGUGCAAGAGUGUCGGCCACUUAAAGUUAGAAACUAUCUACAAGUACGAGAUUUUAUGGAUUAAAAUUAAGAAUAUCAGAGCUUUUAUUUGUUUUACUAAGUUUCUAAAAUGAGUUUUAUUCCUCUCAGGGUGAAGCGGUGCGACUCGCCCGUCAGUUACCGAUAAAUUUAUCCAGAGAAGAUGUUCAAGAAAUCCUUCAACGAAUGGAGCAGCAGCUCGAUGAGAAAAAUUGGACCUGCAUCCACGGACGACCAUUUCUCCAUCAAUUAUCCAACAUCCCAUCCACAGAGCAGGAAGCUAAAGCUCUGCUCGGACCUUCAGAGCAGUGAGACUCUUUAAUAUGAAAUGUCCAAGAGUGGUUUAGUGUCCAAAUAAUGUUCAACUAAAAUAAAGUAUAUUUCUAUAGUUUGUA